CCUCCGGCCGCCCGGAUACCUGUCCUCCCGCCAAAGCGAGUGUACUUCCUCCUCGCGCAGGCUCCGGCGCACCAUAUAAAAAACCCCCCCCUGCAUGUCCACCGCCUGCCAUCCCGCGCCGAGCCGAGGUCGAGAAGGUCGUCAUCGGCCACCGUCGCGGAGCGGCGCUCAGAGCUCAACCCCCACGGCGGCGGCGAACACCUAAUCCGAUCCCCCGCAAAUCGAUUCGGCCGGAGGGAGGAAGGUCGGAGCCGGAGGGCGGAGAGGAGGAGGAGCGGUUCGGAUCGGAGGAGGAAAUGGUCGGGGAUGGGGGCGACACUCCUACCAGGUAUGAACUGUUGAGCAUGGUAAAGAAGCACUCCAAUUUGAUAGGGAAGACGAAUGUCGACGAGCAAGACGCUACGGAUGUGGAAAUGGAUCCGAAGUUCUGGCGUGAUGUUUUCGAUUUGUAUUUUAUCCGCGGGAAGGAGUCAAGGGGGCGGCAGGAUGACGACCUUUUGUUUUUUGUCAGAAAAAUGAGGACACAAGGUGAUCCAUUGAAUGAGAGUCCAGAUGGUGUAUCUCCCUACUUUGUACGCAGGUGGGCUUCUGAGUUGGAUAAGUUACUUGGCAAUAGUCACGAUGAAGUGGACUGGAGGCGCUCCUUUUAUUUGAAUUUGAUUGCACACACCUCCUUCACUGUGACAGUUGCAAUUUGCAGCCAUGAAGUCCUUAAGAACCAUCAGGCAGGACAAGAUACGCCACUGUCUCCAAUAUAUAAGGUUGUGAAAACUGUUUAUGCAUCUCCUAGUCGUGUCAAUUUCCAUUUGGACUCAAAAAAGGCAAUAGAGACAACACCUGCCUAUCCAGAUAUCUGUUUUGCUGUUGACGACUUUGACUCCACAUUUGAUGCAGUGGUCUUGUCAUCAACAGACCAUUGCUACUGUGUUCUACUAAAUGCUCAUGAUGGAGCAGCAUUUGCUUCCCAAAAGGAGCAAAAUGAUUGCAUUUCCAGUAGUGAUACUCCUCUACGAAUUGAAGCGAGUUCUGGCAACUCCAAGAGCAGUAAGAUUACCCUUUUUUCAGGAUUUGUCAGCUAUCAUAUGGUCAGAGAAGCAUACAAUGCUGGAAAGUCUCAAUUUGGGAGCCUCUGGUCACUUGGCCAUUCACCUGGCAAACAAGAUCGGCUUUACAUGAAAGGACCUGGAGGACGUGGGGAAGUUGAAGUUGCUGUCUCUGGUGUUGUUGAUCAAAGCAAUGAGGAUGUGGGCCCCUUUUCACCAGUUUCUGUAUCUAACAGAGGAUUCGGGAUUGGCUCAAUUGUUCGGAAAGCGGCAUCGGUGGCAUCUGUGGCGGCAAAGCAUGCGUAUGCUGCAGCCUCGGCCACCACUAGUCAUGAUGAUGAACUGAUGAUACCCCUAAAAUGCUGCUUGAUGUCUAUAUCUCUGCCAUGGGAACACAUUGCUUAUGAUCUUCUUUUCAAGGGACAUCCUCUAGUGAACUUAUAAGCACUCAGGAAAAUCAGACAAGGAAUACCUAUCUGCAAACGAAAGCUCGAGGGGACCAAUUUGUAAGAGAUGUAAGAGUGGAAUUGCUAGAUUGUGUUUUUUAAAUUUAGGUGAUCAUCUCUCUCUAAGUUAUGUGUUGGAAACAAAUGUAAUUGUGGUCAUAGAUCAGUGGACAAUCUAAAUUUGUAAUGUCAAGGGGAAAAAGGUAAUUUGCUAUCCCUAUGCUAUACCCUGAUUAGUUCCUCAGUUGAAUAGGCUCAAUUUUUCAUUGGGGGCAUGGUAAGACUAAUUUUGUACUCCCCCCUGAGCGUGAGCUAUCUUUUAAAAAUUGAAGACGAAAUAUUGGUCAA